AUGCUUCCAACCACAUUUGAAUAUGUAUUAACCCUAAUCGCUCCAAAGUUAAAAAGAAUGAAGCCGGGGUACAAAUCUAUUUCACCAAAUAAACAAUUUUUAAUUGCGAUAUGGAAAAUGGCUACUCCUGACUCUUACAGAUCAAUUUGUGAAAAAUUUGGUGUGGGGCGAGAUGCGAGCUACUGCAUUAAGAUGUAUUAG